AUGAAGUUUUCUAGCUUGAUCCUGUUUUCUGGCGCAACUUUGGCCGCUGCGCUUGCGCCACCCAUUCCACCUGGCCAGGGUGCUGCGGUAGGGACUUCUCCUCGUUCGAAUACUCAUUCCUACUUGAAGGCGCGCGCCAAAGUCGACCCAAAGUGCGACUCAAAGCAGAAAAAAGACAUCAAGAAAGCCCUCGACGUUUGCCGAAAAAUUGCCAAGGCAGCGGCCGCAGCAGCCCGUACUGGGGACGCAGCACGGCUCGAAACUUACUUCCACACGUCAGACCAGGCAUUCCGAAACAGAAUUGCCACUUUGUACGACGACAUUGCACAAGAGUGCAAAGACGGCAAAGAUGGGCUGCUGACCAUCUCCUGUGAUGCAGCAGAUGCUCAAUGUCCCAAUCCCGAGGACCCAAACACCGUCGCCUACUUCACCAGAGGAACAGACACCGUCACACUUUGCCCUGCCGCUCUCGCAAGGCCCGUCAAACCAAAGCGUUGCGGCGAGCGUAGUCUCGCUGGCGUGCUUAUCCAUGAAUUCUCACACGCCCUGUCGUCGAGUCUUGUGGUAGACCACAGGUAUGGAAGAUUCGAGUCGACACAGCUUACCCGCGACCAAGCGCUGGGUAAUGCAGAUACAUUUCAAUGGUUUGCUAUCGACGCGUACCUAAACUGCCCUGCGCCUACCGCCGACUCACCACCAACGUCUGAGCCUGUCGCAGGACCCAGCGGCCUCUGCCAACAACAUGUCUCGAAAGCAUUGGAGCCAACCCGGGCCAAAUCCAAGGGCAAGAAAUUGCUGUUAUCCGAGGUGGUUCCCGACGUUCAGCAAGCUCUUUGCACUGCACGCCCGGCCGACCAGCCGCCAGCCAACACGGCAACAGACGCUACGCGCUGUAACGAAGGCGUGUCUGAGUUGCUUCAAGUCUUUGAUGAAGUGCCAGAAAACGAAUUAAGCGAGUAUUUGGCAAGCGAGGAUAUCGUAAAGGACAUGUGCUUUGAGCCCAGCGUACAUAACAACAUGCCAGGUUUUGCAUCGGAUCAAGACGGUCUAAAUGAGACUCAACCACCUACCGAGCCCGCGCCGGAACUGGACCAGAGCUCAUGGCCGCGGUUCGUUGAACAAGUGCAGCAGCAAUUCAACAUCGCAGAGCAGCAACUCCGCACCUAUCUGGACGCCGGUAUCCAAUCUCUGCAGCAAAAUUAUCCCCAAGUAUACCGGCUUCUCGAGCGCACCUUUCCCCUUGCUAUAAACGUUCUGCGGGAAAUGGCCACGGCGCAAAUCCGAUUCACCUCAUGCCUGCCCGACAAGCCGCGCAGCAGCCGACGACUCAAAGCUCGAGCAGACCAAGACGUCUGCAAAAAGGUACUGGCUGCCAUCGGCCAGCCCGCUCCCGCCGGCUCACCACCUGACAAGACGCCGCCGUCAACAACCCCCCCAUCAGAGCAAAAGGACUCCGAGGACAGCACGACCCUUGCGGUCGCCAUUGGCGUCCCCGUCACUGCCGUCACCGUCGCCUUUUUCACGACGGGCGACGGGGCAGCGCUCAUUGCCUCGGUCGCUACCAGUCUCGGAAUCAGCACUGAAGUCGGCUCUGUUGCUGAGGCUGUGACCGCUGCUCUGAGCCGGGUCACAAGCUCGCUUACUCAGGUGACUCGGCAAGCCGUGCAGAGGAUCAUUGGACGGGUAUCGCGUCUAGGCCACCGCGUGGCGAACCCGCUCCUGAGGCAGAUUACUAGCCGCGCCUUGCGGUCGGCAACGGCGCGGGCUAGCGAGCGCAUUCCACUAUUGUCCUUUUCUGGCUAA